GAGGACGGUGUUUCACCAUGCAGAGGAUUGAGAGGUGACCAGUCCUGGAGAAUUAAACAUAACGUUGUUUGUGCUGCUGGCGAUGGAGUUUUCAUCGUGCUGACAUCAAGGAAAUGCGUCAACAUGAAAAGUCAAGUUUAAGGUGGAUUCUCUUUCAAGCGAAGAGGGGAAAAGAGCGAGGGAUUCAGAUUUUAACCUCAGCCAACGUGUGAAUACUUCAGGAGACGCGCAUCGCAGCAGCGCAUAGUGGAGAGGAAAAGGCGCACGGGAGCGCACAGUUAUUUCCAAGCAGGCUUUAGCACUCCCUCCUUCAACAUGGACGGUUUCAACUGGACAUCAACAUCUGAGAACUUCACAAGAACCUCCUCCCAUCUCUACCCCAACAACACCAACAAUUCCUCAGAGGUGCCUGCGCCAAUGCCCUUCAGCAUGGUCACCGCUGUCAUCUACACCAUCGUCUUCAUUGUGGGAUUUCUGGGUAACACACUGGUCAUCUAUGUGGUGGUCCGCUACGCCAAGAUGAAAACUGUCACAAACAUGUACAUCCUCAAUUUAGCCUUGGCGGACGAACUCUACAUCUUGGGAAUUCCCUUCCUUGGCACUAAUAGUGCACUUUCCUAUUGGCCAUUUGGGGAUUUCUUCUGCAAGGUGUACAUGACUGCUGACGCCAUGAGCCAGUUUAGCUCCACCAUUUGCCUAACGGUAAUGAGCAUUGAUCGCUACCUGGCUGUGGUUUAUCCUAUUCGCAGCUCCAAAUGGCGGAAGCCACAGGUGGCCAAGGUUUUAAAUGUCAUGGUGUGGGUUGUGUCCUUCCUGAUUGGGCUGCCAGUCACCAUUUACUCAGGUGUACAGACGGAGUUAAACACCUGCAACAUAACCUGGCCUGAACCAAAUGAUUUGUGGUCCAUUGUGUUCAUCCUCUACACAUCCAUCCUGGGCUUCUUUGGUCCGCUCUUUGUCAUCAGCCUCUGCUACCUGAUCAUUGUCAUCAAGGUGAGGUCUGCAGGUGUGCGUGCAGGCCUGACUAAGCGACGGAGGUCGGAGCGCAAGGUGACGCGUAUGGUGGUGAUCAUCGUUUUGGUGUUUGUUCUUUGCUGGCUUCCCUUUUUUACUGCAAAUAUUGUCAACCUGGUUUAUAUCAUCCCUGAGAGCAAUGCCACGGCCACAGUCUACUUCUCCCUGGUCAUCCUCACCUACGUCAACUCCUGCGCCAAUCCAAUCCUAUACGGCUUCCUCUCCGACAACUUCAAGCAGAGCUUCCAGAAAGUGCUCUGCUUCUACAAACCAAAUGGCGUCAGCACCACAGACCAGAUGAGAGACAGACUGAAUGCAACCAAAGUUAACCACAAUUCUGUCCAGAUGGAGGUUGUUGGGAACCUUGACACGGAGCCUUUCGCCUCAAAAACAGCAGUGAAUGGCCAGUGAAAGCUACGACCCACCAUGUACUGGUGUGGAAACUACCACAUGGAACUAAACAGUUUACCCGUGGAUAUUUUAUCAUUUGAUACGUCCAGUCUUUAAAGCUGAUCCUUCCCCUCUGAUUGGGACAUUUCUUAAAAAGGACUAGAGGAGAAAUCCUGGAGAGAAAAUGUCUUACAGUGUUCACAAAGCAUUUUUGUUUGUACUGUUACUAUAUUGACGGCAUUGUAGGCCUCAGAGUUUAUGUAUCGAUGUAUGAUCUCAAAAGUCAUGAGCGCUUUAAAUCCUGUAUAUUCUCAAAAAGCUUUGGGCAGAACCAGACUUUUAUUGUGAAACAGGCAUAUUUUUCAUUCAUUUUUAUAUUUGAUCAUAUUUCAGUGAGAGUUGUUUUUGUCUGGUGUGCUCUGAUUUGAGAAUUUACAGUAUUUCAUUUGAUGUGCUAUAACCAGAACUGUUCUGCAGGUUAUUGUAAAGCUGAUAAAAAAAAAUUUGAUUACCAUAACAAUUUGUUUUUUUUUGCUGGUAAUGUCACAAAGCUGUGAAAGGGGCCUUGAAACAACACAAACAAGUAAUGCCCUCUCAUUUUCCAUCCUCUGCAACAUGUCCAGUACUCACUGUUUAUCUCGGCCUGACUGGACUGUCAACGCUGACAUUUGAUACCCACAUCAUUGGGAAUGUGCUGGACGACACUGUUGCAUCUCCAUAGUUGUAACUUGAUCCAAGCAAAGAUCAUGUCCACAAUGUUUAUGGCAAAUUUGAGCUCAUUUGAAAAGACCGAAAUAUGGACACAAUUUACUUCUGUUUGAAACUGUGAAUUUUAAAAUGAUCAUUUUCAACAGCCUGCGGAGUCAUGACAUUCUCAGAUAACUAAAUAACACGGUUAUGGUUAUUAAUCAACAAUAAAUUGUUUCUGUGAUUAAAGAAGAUUAUGGCAGGUUUAUGUUUCAGACUGAGGCACUUUAUCAAUAGUUCCAGUUAAAACAGAAAAUUGGCAGCUUUACACUUGAAUGUCGUUGUCUUGCAUCCAUGACGUAAACCAGCUUUGUUUUGUUUUUCAGAUUUUUGUUAAUGUCUUAGUACGAUUUUGCAGUAAAUGUUUUAUGCAACAUCGGAUGGAGGAAGAAGAUGAGAGAUGUGUAUUUUGUGUGAUGACUCUUACUACCAAUAAAACAUGUACAAUCAGAAAAUCUGUAGCCAGCAUAGUAUAGAGAGAUGGUUAAAAGUUUCCAUAACUUUUAUUUGUUGUUGGUGGUGGGGUUUGGUUUGUUGGUUGGUUUUUCCCCAACAUAAUGAUCUAGCAAUGUUAAUAAAUUAAAACAAUGUCCGAAAA